AUGGCGGUGACCGGCUGGCCCGGGGCUCUGGCAUCCCAGCACUGGGCGUCCCAACGCAGGUGUCGGCACUGGCCACAGUCAGCAUCUGGAACCUGUCCUCAAAAGCAAAGAUACUCCCUCAAACUUGAUGUCAAAGAUGGCAAGAUCUACAAUGAACAGAACUUCUUCCAGCGAGCCGCGAAGGCAGGCACAGUGGAGAAGUGGAAGAAGCGGCACUCUGUGCCGUUGCUGGGAAUCCCCAAUUGCGUUGGCUUUGGACUGCAUGCAGAUAGCUACAGGUUUUUGGUGUUCUCUGACUUAGGGCGAACUCUUCAGUCUGUCCUGAACGAUGGCUUAUACCUACUGAGGGAGAAGGCAGCUUUUCAGAUUGUAGUCCGGCUGCUAGACUGCCUGGAGUACAUUCAUGAGAACGAGUACGUGCAUGGGGACAUCACGGCUGAGAACAUCUAUCUGAACCCAGCAGACCUCACUCAGGUGACCCUAGCAGGCUAUUGCUUUGCCUUCCGUUACUGCCCGGGAGGGAAGCACGUGGCUCAGCGCGAAGGCAGCAGGACCCCUCACGAGGGCACGAUAGAGUUUAUCAGUCUGGACAGCCACAAGGGAGCGGGACCAUCUCGCCGGAGUGACUUGGAAUCUCUGGGCUACUGUCUUCUGAAAUGGCUCUGUGGCUUCUUGCCCUGGUCUGAUGAGCUGGACAAAGUAGAAACUGUGGUGGAAAAGAAGGAAAAGUACAAAGGGGACGUGACGUGCCUUCUCCGACUGUGCUUCAGGCAGAAAUGCAUUCCAGCUGGCCAGGGCAGGUGGGUGAAGGGGCUGCGGGGAGAGCAGGCCGAGGCGGCCACUCGGCAGCUUUGUAAGGACAGCGGGCGCUGCUCUGCUGCUCCACGCCACGAUCCUUGCUUUGCAGAUGCCCUGCAGAGCUACCUGCAGCAAGUAAUGGCACUUGAGUACGAGGAGAAGCCCGACUACGAGGCCCUGCGGCAGCUCUUCAAGAAGCCACUGGAAAAGAUGAAAGCUUCAGCUUACGACUCUGUGGACAUCAAAAUGGUGCCCUAA